AUGAAGACCUCAGCCAUCGCCGUGGGUCUCAUGGCCGCCUGCGCCGCGGCCACUCCUUCUGGUCCGCUCGCACCGCGUGCCUCGGGUUCAUCGCUGCCUACUGUCUCCGUCAAGGGAAACGCGUUUUUCGCCGGCGGAAAGCGUUUCUACAUCCGCGGUGUCGACUACCAGCCCGGUGGCUCGUCUGCCAACGAAGAUCCCAUUGCUAAUGUCGAUACGUGCAAGCGUGACGUUGCCAAGUUCAAGGAGCUUGGCUUGAACACCAUCCGUGUCUACACCGUCGACAACUCGGCCGACCACGAUGAGUGCAUGCAGGCACUUUCCGACGCUGGCAUCUACCUGGCAUUGGACGUCAACAACCCCUUCUACUCCAUCAACCGUGACAAGCCCGCCAAGUCGUACAACAAGGCGUACCUCCAGAGCGUCUUCGCUACCAUCGAUGCGUUCCAAAAGUACGACAACACGCUCAUGUUCUUCUCCGGAAACGAGGUCAUCAACAGCGACAAGAACUCCAACUGUGCCCCGUACGUCAAGGCCACUGACCGUGACAUGAGGUCAUACAUCAACGCCCGCAACUACCGCAAGAUCCCUGUCGGUUACUCGGCCGCUGAUGUUGCCGAGAACCGUAUGCAGAUGGCUCAAUACAUGAACUGCGGUCCUGAUGGCGCUCGCAGCGACUUCUUCGCUUUCAACGACUACUCAUGGUGUGACCCGGAUACCUUCGAGAAGACCGAUUGGAGCCAGAAGGCUAAGAACUUCUCUUCCUACAGCAUUCCCCUCUUCCUUUCUGAGUACGGUUGCAAGGAGAACACACGUACCUUCAACGCCGUCAGCGCCCUCUAUGACACUUCCAAGAUGACCCCUGUCUACUCUGGUGGUCUCGUUUACGAGUACACUGAGGAAAAGGACAACGCGGGCUUCGGAUUGGUCACCGUCAAGAGCGACACUGAGGUCACAGACAAGGACGAUUUCACUGCGCUCAAGAAGGCUCUCUCGAACACCCCUGCUCCUACCGGUGACGGUGGAUACAAGUCGGACGGUUCGCCAUCCAAGUGCCCCACCAAGUCUGCUAACUGGGACGUCGAUCUUGAUGAUGACGAGCUUCCGGCUAUGCCUGACGUCAAGGAGUACUUCGAAAGCGGUGCUGGCAAGGGCCCUGGCCUCAAGGGUGGCAGCCAGGAGGCUGGAUCUGAUACCGUCGACACUGCUCCUGCUGCUUCUGGUGCCGUUACUACCGGUGCUUCCGAGUCUGGCAGUGGCAGCGCGAGCCCAUCCAGCAGCACGGGUGCCGCUGCUGGUCCUCUUGCCCCUGUCUCGUUUGCUCCUACGGUGUGCGGACUUGUCGUCUUGGUUUCCUCCCUCUUCGGUGGAUCCCUCCUUUUGUAA